AGCCAACAUUUUUGCCUCGGUUUCUUUCCCAUCUCCCCCAGACACACAUUUUCCCGGAAAAAACAAACCAAAGUAAAAUGGUAGAAUAUACCCACAAAUUUUCUCCCUCCCCUCUUCACUCUUCUCACCACCAACCUACCUCUAAAACACUGAAUUUUUAUAAAUAGAAAUACAAGGUACUUUUUAAAGAGAAAGGAUUUCAUGGGUGCCUCUCUUUCCAGCCAAACGGAAGGAACCAAUAGGACCGGGAUGAGACCAGGAUUGGGGGACAUACCCGAGGGCUGCUUGGCCUGCGUUUUCAUGAACUUGACGCCGCCGGAGAUUUGCAAUCUCGCCAGGUUGAAUCGCGCCUUUAGAGGGGCUGCCUCCUCCGAUUCCAUCUGGGUGAAGAAGCUACCCACCAAUUAUCAAGAUCUGCUAAAUUUGUUGCCUCCUGAGAGGUACCAGAACAUGUCCAAGAAAGACAUUUUUGCGCUUCUUUCUCGCCCGGUACCUUUUGAUGAUGGAUAUAAGGAAGUGUGGCUGGACAGAGUGACAGGCAGGGUAUGCAUGGCAAUAUCUGCAAAAGGGAUGGCAAUUACUGGAAUCGAUGAUCGGAGAUAUUGGAAUAGGGUUUCUACUGAAGAAUCUAGGUUCCAUAUUGUGGCCUAUUUGCUGCAAAUAUGGUGGUUUGAAGUUGAUGGAGUUGUGAAGUUCCCUCUUCCUGCUGAUGUCUAUACUCUGUCAUUCAGGAUUCACCUUGGAAGAUUUUCCAAAAGGUUGGGAAGGCGGGUGUCUAGUUUUGAGCACACCCAUGGUUGGGACAUAAAGCCUGUAAGAUUUGAGUUGUCUACUACUGAUGGUCAGCUAGCAUCAUGUGAGUGCUAUUUAGAUGAUAUGGAACAAGAUUAUGAAAAUAGAAACCAUAAACGAGGAUGCUGGAUAGAGUACAAGGUAGGUGAAUUUAUUGUCAGCAACUCAGAGACAGUCACCGAAGUCAGAUUUUCCAUGAAACAGAUAGAUUGCACACACUCUAAAGGAGGACUUUGUGUAGAUUCUGUAUUUAUUAUCCCCACUGAUUUAAUAGACUGUAAAAGGCGAGGGAUUUUGAAAUAGUCUGAAACACAUCAGGGUUGGUUGUUAUCAUCGAUGAUCCCUGGAAAUUCCAGGUGGGGUUUCUCAUGCAGCUUAUACUUCUAAAGGCGUGUGUUGUUUUAGUAGGUACAUUAUUAAUUGGUCUUGGAGUAGGUAUGGUUAUGUAAUUUUCACUAUCACAGGUUUGAUCCAGUUUUGUUUCCUUUGCACCUUUGCAGAUAAAAUUAAAAGAUUAUGCUUGUUUAUCA